CAUUCAGUAGAGGCGAGCUCUGCAACAAGCUCACAUUCUGGCACAGGGAGAGAGCAGGCUGGCAAUUAUUCUCCAUAGGGCUGAGUAUUUCCUUUACAAGAUCUUGGAGAGCAAAUUGGACAUAACAUUGCCACUACUACAAAGGGUCAUUUAAUAGAAGAAAGAAAACACUGAGCGCCCUUGUGUGCACUGGAUCUUGAGCGGAAUUAUCCUGAAAAGAAAAAGGAGAUUUGGGAGAAGGGGGGUUCUUCUUAAAGACCCAGCCAUAGAGGGCAGGAAUCACACUUGUCCUGCUGAUGGCUUGCAUAGGAGACUUCUUCUCAGCCAACAGCCUGCUGCUUGAUGUGUGGCUCUGCUCUAAAGGGCUUUGACAAAGCUCUACUGCUCAUUUCAGCUCAAGUGACUCCCAAUGUCUUGUCAGGCUGAGCAGCAGAGUAGAAGGCUGGAUGGGCAUGUCUGUGUGAGGCUGCAGCAGCAUGGAAGAGGACAGCAGCUCACUCAGUAAAUAGCACAAUCUCCAGGAGCUGGAAGCUAUUUCCUCUGCUUGGGAUCUGGAAGUCUCUGCUGCUGGAAGAUCUGUCUGCAUUGUAAGUGCUCACGGGAGGAGCACAGUGCCACCGCGAUGCCUUUAGAGAUGGAGAAAACCAUGAACAAAUUGAUGUUUGACUUUCAGAGGAACUCAACGUCUGACGACGACUCAGGCUGUGCUCUGGAGGAGUAUGCCUGGAUCCCUCCAGGAUUGAAACCAGAACAGGUUCACCAGUAUUAUAGCUGCUUACCCGAUGAUAAAGUCCCCUAUGUAAACAGUCCCGGUGAGAAGUCGAGGAUCAAACAACUUCUACAUCAGCUGCCUCCCCAUGACAAUGAAGUUCGCUACUGCAAUUCUUUGGAUGAAGAAGAAAAGAGGGAGCUCAAGUUGUUCAGCAACCAAAGAAAACGAGAGAAUUUGGGGCGAGGGAAUGUUAGGCCAUUUCCGGUGACCAUGACUGGAGCCAUCUGUGAACAGUGUGGAGGUCAAAUUAAUGGAGGAGACAUAGCCGUAUUCGCAUCUAGAGCUGGUCAUGGAAUUUGUUGGCAUCCACAGUGUUUUGUAUGUACGAUAUGUAAUGAACUGCUUGUCGACCUUAUAUACUUCUAUCAAGAUGGGAAGAUCUACUGCGGCAGACAUCAUGCUGAGUGCUUGAAACCUCGAUGUGCAGCCUGUGAUGAGAUUAUUUUUGCAGAUGAAUGUACAGAAGCAGAGGGCAGACACUGGCAUAUGAAACACUUCUGUUGUUUUGAAUGUGAAACAGUCCUUGGUGGUCAGAGAUACAUCAUGAAAGAAGGACGUCCAUACUGCUGUAACUGCUUUGAGUCUUUAUAUGCCGAAUAUUGUGACACCUGUGCACAACACAUAGGUAUUGACCAGGGACAGAUGACCUAUGAUGGUCAACAUUGGCAUGCAACAGAGAACUGUUUUUGUUGCGCCCACUGUAAAAAGUCACUGUUGGGACGUCCUUUCCUGCCCAAGCAAGGACAGAUAUUCUGCUCCAGAGCAUGCAGUGUGGGUGAAGAUCCCAAUGGCUCAGAUUCCUCAGACUCUGCGUUUCAAAAUGCCCGAGCAAAGGAAUCCCGGCGUAGUGCAAAGAUUGGCAAGAAUAGAGCCAAGCUUGAAGACAGCAACAUGAAUCCAUUACAUGUAGCUUCCAAUAGACUUUCCACCGAUGUUGAUCCUCUCUCUUUGCAGAUGGAUUUACUAAGUGUAUCAAGUCAAAACCCAAGUCUCAAUCGGGACCAGCUAUGGCGAAGCAGAGAUGAACUCUACCACUAUAAUAACAAGGUAGAGAGAAGCCAAUCUCAGAGUCCUCUCCAACUUCUCAGUCAAUGUAACAUAAGGACUUCUUACAGUCCUGGACAGGGGGCAGGUGCCCAAUCAGACAUGUGGGCUAAGCAUUUCAGUAACCAAAAAAGAAGCUUAUCAAUGAUGAGUCACAGUGAGAGCUUCUCUCAGGAAGGUCGAGAAGACUACUACCAAGGUAGACUAAGACAGCAGGAAAGCUUCAGUGAUGCAUCUAGUCACAGUUUUAAUGAGGCAAGGUCAAGUCUAAGAGUUCCGGAUGGAAAAAAUAUGAAUGCACAGCAGUGUCGAACAAGAAAUCCAAUCAAUGCACUUAAAUUUACUGAAGGGUUAACCCCAACAGAACCAACUCCUAGAGGGUCCAUGGAGUCUCUUGCUCUGUCCAAUGCAACAGGUGCAUCCAUGGAUGGGGGCCCUAAACGUCAGGAGCAUCUUUCUCGGUUUUCAAUGCCAGACUUGAGCAAAGACUCCGGAAUGAAUGUUUCAGAAAAACUGAGCAACAUGGGAACGCUUAACUCUUCUUCUCAGUUCCGAAGUGUAGAGUCUGUGCGUAGCCUUCUAUCUGCACAGCAGUAUCAAGAUAUGGCCCACAAUCUUGGUGAUCUAGCCAAACCUGGCAAAUACAGGGACUUAGCAUCUCAUGGUAGAAUGCACCAGUCAUUUCAGUUUGAUGAUGGUAUGAAUGAGACGACUGGACCAGGUAGUGUAAAGAUGACACCAAUGAGUGAAAGGACAAGGAGGAGAACCCAAUCACGAGACAAUGACCAACAUUAUCGUCACCAUCGGCAAAGGAGGUCAAGACGCUCUCGCUCUGAUAAUGCUCUCCACCUGGCUACAGAACAAUGUAGUAAAGUAAAAGACAAACCUCUUCUGAGGGCUAGGGAGGACUACGAACGACUGAUGCAACAAAGAGGAGGACGUGAUCAGAUGGAUCAAGUUGUAAGAAGAGAAAUGUACAACCGUUAUCAAAGAACUGCUUCUGACCUUGCUUUACAAAACCAUCUCUGUGAACGGUGGGGGCAACAAAUGAAUGAAUAUGAUUGGUGCUCCACAUGUUCAUCUUCUUCAGAGUCAGAUAAUGAAGGAUAUUUUCUAGGAGAACCAAUUCCGCAGCCAACCCGCCUGAGAUAUGUGACCAGUGAAGACCUUAUUCAUCAGUAUGGUCAAUGCUCUGGUGGCAUACCCAAGUCUUCCACUUUGGGUGGACGAGGACAACUGCAUAGCAGAAAAAGGAGAAAGAGCAAAAAUUGUAUAAUUUCCUAGUGUUGACCCAUGAAGCCACAGAUUUACAAUAUAAAUUAAAACACCCCAGUAGGGAGGUCCACAAUUUGAACAGUUUUGUAUAAUAGUUAAAAAAAAAAUGAAGACCUUGUAUAAGCCUCCCCCCAUCCUUGUCCUGAGUACAUAAGACCUAAGACUGAUUUACAAGAUAGGUUUGGUAACUAGUCAUGAUUGUUGUAGUGAUUAUUGGGUUUUAUUGCACAUUUCACUUUAUUUCCAGUUCAGUCUGCCAAAAAAAAAUAAAAAAAUACUGCCUUGCUUUUGUUCCUCCUUGAGAAUAUACUCUAUUCUUGAAUGUAUGCCGUACCCAGACGUACAGUAUGCUGCUUGACCCUCAUCCUCGUACUACAAACGACAUGCUUUUUUUUUUCUCUCUCUUUUUGGGCACUAGUAUUAUUUUCAAGUAUUUUAAGAAUCAGAUAAGGCUAACCUUUAAGUUAUUUAAGCACUCAUUGUAAAUGGAAUGUAAAUGAAAGUUCUGAUAAACUAUUUUUGUAUUUUGUAAUAUCAAAUGAGUCUAUAUGUUUUCGAAAUAUGGAUAUAUUGGACCUGCAUGCCGAGCUCAUAAAAAGUCUGGUUGGUUUAAGUUUCCAAACUGUGUAAUUUAUACUUAUUGGAUGUUUGGAUGUGAUUUUCAGAUUUCAGUGGUCAAGCAAUAGUACAAAUGGAAAGCCUUCUCCAUCCAGAACAAAAAGUUGUGUUUGGCAGGUAUAGGUUUAGCACCUUACAGAAAUUAUUUUCCUUUAGGUUUAGCACCUUAUAG